AUGAUUCCGGACAACUUUUGUGAUCGACUCUACGUUGGUGGAUUCUCGACGAACUUGAGCAGUGACCAAAUUCGGGCCCUAAUCUCCCAAUCAGCUGCUCCAUUUGAAGUGAACAUCGAAAUCGUGGAGAAUGGAUCUCGGAGACAUCGAGGAUUUGCAUUCGUUCAAUGUCGCAACCCUGCGGAGGCCAGUGUUCUCAUGGCCAAGUUUUCAGCGCUCUUCACGAAAGUCAACUUCGCCAAACGAGAGCCAAAACCUGCGGAUAAUGUCAUGAGCAAUAUCUCCAACGUGUUCGUGCGUGGAAUUAAUCGUGAAAUGUCAGACACUGAACUCUUUCAAGCAUUCGGUGGAGUCACUGAUGGCGUUGUUCAGUGCCACGUGGCUGAUGGAUACGGUUUCGUUCUUUUUGACACUAGAGCGAAUGCUCAGAAAAAGAUCACAGAGAUGGAUGGAACUGUUUUAAACGGAAAAUCGAUUUCAGUGAGCUGGGCGCGUCCGGAUACUCUUGGAAGAAAAAGAAAAAGACCGAUGAAUGAAGAGAGCUCAACACUCUCCACACCUGACCUCGGAUACGCUUCUCUUCUGAAACGACCAGCUAUCCCGUCUCAACUUUUCCAGUUGUCACCACAACCACCAGUUCUCCAACCGUCUCUUUUUCCUCUUCUCAACCCAACAUACCCCCUCUUAUUUCCUCCAAACCCAUUGCUAGCUCAGCCCGAUUUGUCUCAGUACUUGAAUUUUCUUAUGUAA